CCCAUUGCCCUCUGCCGUUUGACUCCGCGUGACGUAAAGUUUAGCGCUAAAACGGUCCAUGGACGUCUCUAAAACGCCAAAAAGCCUCCCUCUUGCCUUCUCGUGUUUAUCGUUUAUUACACUUAACAUUUAGUCGAAAGUUCACGGAUAAAUAACACGAAACUGCCCGCGGCCGUGCGUUCUAGGCCAACUUUAUCGUGAGCCCCGCGGCCGCGUUAGGCAUCUUGUACGAGGCCCUCUGCUGCCUCCCACGUCAGCCCCCCGGGCUUGCCUGAUUCUCCCGCCGCGCUUGGGGUCUCGGAUCCCCGGGCCGAGCAUGGAGCCGGCGGCCUGCAAAGGCCGACGUGGCGGUCGGGCGACCGCUGCUGUCGCUAAGGAAAAUAUCCCCGGCUGGGAGGAUGACGGACGCGCUGAUGUGGAUUUUGUGAAGGAAGGAUCAGCAUUGAGGAUCGAAGCGAAUGGCCUUGCUGAGACCGGGCCUCCGCCCAGCUCUACACCAGACCUUGAAUGCGACGAUCAACCCAGCUCUGUACAAUGUUUCACAACUUACCAGGUCGUGCGAAUGAGAAGGAGUGAGUUGUGCAACCAUCUGACUCGACUGUCACUUGACACCAGUGGGACCAAGGAAGUGCUACGGCAAAGGCUGAAGAGCUACUGUCAACUUGAGCACCGCAGGAAGAAGGGUUCCGAGGACCAGUCUGCAUGCAGCAAGCGGCCUGCGAUUGCCAGGGGCAUACUACACGCGAGCGAAUUGGAGCCGUGUGCCUUCAACUACAUCUGUGUGGUCGACUUCGAGGCCACUUGCCAGGAGCACAAUCCUCGGGACUUCCAGCAUGAAAUAAUCGAGUUCCCUGUGGUUCUGCUUAAUACCAGGACUCUGCAGAUUGAGGAUACAUUUCAAGAGUACGUGAAGCCAUUUCUGAAUCCCACACUCUCAGAAUUCUGCACUUCCCUUACGGGGAUAACGCAGGAAACCGUGAACGCUGCUGACUAUUUCCCUGAAGUAAUCGACAGAGUUGUAAACUGGAUGAGGCAGAAGGGUCUUGGAACAACCUACACUUACGCGAUUCUUACCGAUGGGUCCUGGGAUAUGGCACGGUUUUUAAAAAUCCAGUGCCAACUCAGCCAACUGCCAUACCCACGCUUUGCAAAGAAGUGGAUAAACGUUCGCAAAACCUUUAGCUACUUCUUUAAGUUAUCACGGGAAAAAACGAAGCUCUCGCACAUGCUGGAGUGCUUGGAGCUGCAGCCCGAGGGCCGAGCUCACAGCGGCCUGGAUGACUCGCGGAACAUCGCGCGGGUGGCGGGCAGCCUUCUCAGCCGGGGCUGCUGUCUGCGUCUCAACGAGAGCCUCUCACAGGGCCGCGUGACGGCCGUGCGCGCGGCGGAGGCCCUCGCCGCCACCCCCGUGCCCUACACGCCACAGCACAAGCACUCGCGCAACUCUCAGUCGCCCAGCCGUCUGAGAAUCUAGCGGCGCCGUCAUUCAUUCCUUGUUGGGGAGAGGGAAAGUGAAACAGAUGGUGCUAAUGAAUGUACGCUUUGACGCGAAAGUUCAUGCGCUGAGUCAUUGAACCAUAUGUCAAAUGCGACUAGUUAAUAUAAAUUGCAUUGGUGUGGUGUGGUGUGCUGGACUUUGUGCUUUUUUCUUGUUCCAUGUAUGUAUUGAAAAUGUGUUUGUUUUGUAUAAUAGUAACAUGCUAUUUUUUAAGUUAAACUGCCAUAAUUUGAUAUAUUUUGUAAAUGUGGACUGUAAACAUGUAAAAUUGGGGUAAACAGUUGAACUCUGUGAAUUGUACAUUACAAACAUGGUGAGUUGUUGCUGCAUCGUAAAAACGAUGCACCAGUUGUACAAAUAACUGGUAAGCCACAUUCAAAUCAAUGCUGAGCACUGAAAUAACCAAUUAAUUAAAAUUUGGAGAUGUUUUUAUACAUUCUGUACCAACAUUUUAUUGGCACAUAAUUUGACUACUAGCAAUAAAUGAAUCGUGACUAAUAAUAUUUUAAACUGACAAAACAAAUUAUGAAAGUCAUUUAUAAAAUUUAGCAAAAGCAUCGGACCAAAAUAUUGGUAUUCCUUUUCAAUAAAAUCAAUUCGCAAGAUGAUCAUUGUCAUGCUCGUGCGUACACCGUCAACUCGGGCAAACGUUUUCUAUUGGGCUUUAUAAACACUGGGUGUUUCUGAAUGCCGAUAACCAGUGGCGGCUCCUGCAAAAUCUCUCAGGGGGGGCAAAUGUCUGGAUGAUUGAUAAGGAUAAGGUCCACCCAUGCAAAGGAUAAAUUAACAGCUUAAGCAUGUAAAGGCAACUUCACUUUAAUAUUCAUGAAAAAUAAAGUGACUCUUACAAUA